AUGGAUAAAUCUUGGAUGCACAAGAGUAGAUUGUCUAAAGAUUAUGAGUUGGGUGUGGAAAACUUCAUCAAAUUUGGAUUUUCUAAUACAACUAGCUCCUAUAUUCGUUGUCCUUGUUUGAAAUGUGUGAAUUGUGAAAAACAUAGUAGAAAGGGUGUUAGAGAUCACUUGUAUGUUAAUGGUGAGAUCACUUAUCAUGAUGUUGGAAGUGUAAAAGAAAUGAUUGAAGUUGCUCAUGAGGAGUAUUCAAAAGACCCAACUGAAUUUGAGAAGUUGCUUAUUGAUGCUGAAAAACCAUUGUACGAAGGAUGCAAAAAGUACACAAAGUUGUCUACUCUAGUCAAAUUGUAUAAUUUAAAAGUUAGGUAUGGAUGGAGUGAUACUAGUUUUUCAGAAUUACUUGAAACUUUGAAGGAAAUUCUGCCUACUACCAAUGAGCUCCCGAAUUCAUUGUAUGAAGCAAAGAAAACAUUAGGUGCAUUAGGAAUGGAAUACGAAAAGAUUCAUGCAUGCCCGAAUAAUUGUUGUCUCUAUAGAAAAGAAUUUGCUAAUGCAAUUGAAUGUCCUGAAUGUGGUCAAUCAAGGUGGAAAAACGUCAAGGAUACAAAUGAAAGGAGAAAGCAAAUUCCCUCUAAAGUGAUAUGGUACUUUCCAAUCAUUCCACGAUUUAAAAGGCUAUUCAGAAGCAUUGAAUGUGCUGAAAACUUGACUUGGCAUUCUACUGAAAGAAUUAAUGAUGGUAAGUUACGACAUCCAGCAGACUCUCCAGCAUGGAAGUUAGUAGACAUGAAAUGGCCAGACUUCGGUUCUGAACCCAGAAAUCUUCGUUUAGCAUUGUCAGCAGAUGGAGUAAAUCCUCAUGGACCAAAACAACCGGGGGAUGACAUAGGCAUAUACUUAGCACCACUAAUUGAAGAUUUAAAACUUUUAUGGGAAAGUGGUGUUGAAUGUUAUGAUGCUUAUCGAGAAGAACCAUUCAACUUAAGGUCAGUUUUGUUGUGGACAAUCAAUGAUUUUCCUGCAUAUGGUAACCUUAGUGGAUGUUGUGUGAAAGGGUAUAAAGCAUGCCCAAUUUGUGGAGAUAAUACAAAUUCUAUAAGGUUAAAGUAUGGGAAGAAAAUGGCAUACCUUGGACAUCGUAGAUUUUUGGCACGAAAUCAUCCGUAUCGACGACAAAAGAAGUCAUUCAAUGGUAAAAAAGAACUUGAUACAAUUCCAGAGCCACUUUCUGGGGAGGAUGUGUAUUUAAAAUUGAAAGAUCUUGAAUUUUCUAGAGGGAAGAAGAACCAUAAGAAACGGUUGAUGAACAGAAGUGACAAAAUUUGUUGGAAUAGAUUAUCUUCUUUUUUUGAGUUGCCAUACUGGAAGGAUCUUCAUGUUAGACAUUGUUUAGAUGUGAUGCACAUUGAAAAAAAUGUUUGCAUGAAUAUCUUAGGUACACUUCUUGAUAUUCCUGGGAAAAGUAAGGAUGGAUUGAAUGCUAGACGCGAUUUAGUUGAUCUAAAACUUCGACCAGAGCUUGCCCCUAUCAGCAGUGAAAAGAAAAUAUUCAUUCCGCCCGCGUGUUAUACUCUUACAAAGGAUGAAAAACGAUGUGUUUUGAAGACUUUGUCUGAAAUAAAGGUUCCUGAAGGUUACUCUUCCAAUAUUAGAAACCUUGUGUCAAUGACAGAUUUAAAACUUAAUAGUUUAAAAUCUCAUGAUUGUCAUGUGCUCAUACAACAGUUGUUUCCCAUUGCGAUAAGAUCAGUGCUACCGAAACAUGUUCGUUAUGCUAUAACUAGGUUGUGCGUUUUUUCAAUUCUGUAUGCAACAAGAUAUCGUCCAGAAGGUUGUAUUGCUGAAAGUUAUUUAAUAGAAGAAGCUGUUGAAUUUUGUACUGAUUUCUUAUCUGGAGUAGAUCCCAUUGGACUUGGGACUCGCAAGUCACAAGACCAUUUAGAUACUUCAAACAUUGGUAGACCAUUGUCCAUGGGAGUUCCUUUCAAACCUCAACAAGAACUUCUACAUCAAGCUCAUCAAUAUGUUUUGGAAAAUACAGUCGAUGUCCAACCAUAUACAGAGUAUCAACUGAGCUUGAAGUUGGAAAUGCUGGAGUUUCAGAUAACUUACGAUGGAUUGCUCAUGGCCCUCAUCCUUUUGUUAUUAGAUAUAGUGGUUAUGCAAUCAAUGGAUGUCGCUAUCACACACAAUCUUGUGAUAAAGAACGAAGUGUACAAAACAGUGGAGUUAGCUUAG